AUGGUUAUCCAAUCUUUUGUGAGAAAUAUUCAGGGAGAUAAGAAUCUGAACAGGUGUAUCCAGUCGUUUCCAGACAAUGCUCAUUUCAAUGAGAAAUUGAAUGUGGGUAAUGAGUUGAAUCUGUAUAGUGAGGUGGGAGAUAUGGGGGGUGCAUCAGUCCAAUAUGGUUGCAGCUCUGAGAUGCAAGAUAAAGAGAAAGGAGAGGGUGCUGACGGUUGUGCCGAGGAGGAAGUACCCCAUGAUGCUUUGGCCUUUGCUCUUAGUUAUCUGGGAGUCAAGGACCUUCUGUCUGUUGAAAGGGUUUGUAGGUCUCUGUGUUCCACAGUCCAAGAUGAUCCCUUGUUGUGGAGGACUAUCCACAUUGAUCAGCCACUCAACGAGAGGAUCACAGAUGAUGUGCUGCUGCAAUUGGCUAGCAGAUCUCAAGGUAGUCUCCAAUGCCUAAGCUUGGUGGAGUGUCCGAGGAUCACAGAUGAUGGUUUGAGGCGUGUACUUGAAACUAAUCCACAGUUGACUAAGCUGUGUGUUCCUGGAUGUACAAGGCUUACUAUUGAAGGUAUUCUAAAUAAUCUCAAGGUGUUCAACUCUGCUAAAGGUGUCCAAGGUAUAAAGCACCUGAGAAUUGGUGGGCUAUAUGGGGUGACACUUGAACAUUUUGAAGUGUUGAAACUAUUACUCGGUGCUGAUAACGACAAGCUCCAAAAUCAUUACAAACCACACUUCUAUCAUCGGGGAAAUUUUUAUCUUCUGUGUGAUGAUGAUCGGGCAAUUGAUAUUGAAAUGUGCCCGAGAUGUGAAAAACUGAGGCUCAUUUAUGACUGUACAGCCAAGGGCUGUCAGGUUGAAGAUCAUGCUGCUCGAGUCUGCAGGGCAUGUACACUUUGUAUAUCGAGAUGCGUGCAGUGUGGCCGGUGCUUUAACAACACUGAAUAUGAAGAAAAUUUCUGUUUGGAAUUGAUCUGCUCAGGCUGUUUUAAGCAGCAGCCAGAUAACUACUGA